ACUCUGGCUCAAUGUCUGGUAGUUGUGAGAGUUCAGUUCCCUGGGUGUGUGUCCAUGCAGCACGGGAAGUUUGAACUCAAUGCUUUGUCUUGUUUUUGUUUGUUGCAGUAGCUAUGUUUUUUGCAACCAAAAACAUUUGGAGGAUGAUUCUGCAUUUCAAACUGUAAGUUGGUGUGGGAGUCAGACAGACAUUGGGACCCAUCGAGAUGUGCAGCUUGAUUCUCAGGAGGGACAGGAAGUAGACAUUCCAGGAGGUGCUGAGGAUCGUCAAGAUGGCCUCCAUCGCCAAACCCGUUCACAGCCAAAAUGCCCUGGAAUAGAGUGUGGCAGCGGAGAUGUGGGGCGGCGUUGCCAUGGUGAUCAUUUACACAACAUUACUGGAAAAGAAGCCGGGUGUCGACGAUGUAAAGUCCAAAGUCAAAGAGACCGAUUUGGAGCUGAUCAAGGCAGAGACCAUGAGCCUUCAGGGGACAGCACUCUUCUCUUGUGGAGUCAUGGAAACCAGCAGCAGGUGGGGUGACGUGGGUCUGGGCCGGGGGUGUUGUGGAGCCCUGCAUCACCAGGGACCCUCAGUGGAGUCCUGUUGCCUGGAGACCCUGUGGGAUGUCCUGCCCUCCGAGGUUCUACCCCCCCGCUACUACCCGAGCCCAGUCAGAGACGCAGGACUGGGUCCCACCAGCACCACCUCCAUCCCGGGCGCCAUCACCAGCCUGCUACAGGACCUGAGCCUGGGUGAGACGUCAGCCGCCGUAGCCUCCUCACCCUCCACCGCUCCACCCUCCAAACGCCAGUGCCGCUCCGUCUCCUGCUCAGAGGACCUGGUCGUCGGCCGGUCGUCGGCCUGGAGGCCCCAGGGGUCCAGGGUGUGGACGGCUGUGGCGAAGAGGCGAUCCCACAGCGGAGGAAGUGUCCAGAGAGGAUUUGCAACAGGAGGAGAGACACGCUCUCAGCAGCUAGGGUUCCCUGCCAUGCAGCGUAGCUUCAGCUUCAGCCUGCCAGCUCGCUCCAACACCCUCUCCCUGGAUCUCACUGGCUUCACCCCCUGCCCUUCCUACUUCAGCGGUUUAGCCCCUCCCUCUUACUCCUCCCGGUCCUCAGAGCCCCGCAGGCCCUUCCUCUACCUCUCUCAUGAACAGAUCUGCCUCCCAGAGAUCCAGGGAGUGCCGGCGUCACCCCUGAGCUCCCCAGACUCCACCCCAGAGAUGAAGCGCCGUGCUGGGCAGGGGGGGCUGUCCCGGAGUCGCUCUCAGCCCUGCGUCCUCAGCGACAAGAAGGUGGGGAUGAAGCGGAGGAGACCAGCCGACUCACACAAACAGAGGCCUUCUCUGGACCUGACCAAGAUGACACAGAAACUUCGGAAUUUCCAAAGCCUCAGCUGCCCUGGGAUCACUGGGGACAACAGCUAUCAAUCAACCCAGGGCCCGCCCCCUCUGAGGACCACUGACCAAUGUGAGACUGACUUUACCUCUGCAGGCGAUCAGGGAUUGGACGAGCCAACCGCCAGAUCCAAAGAUGGCGGCGUUGUCACAAGUGUCUCUAGGGAGGAGGAUCUAGCCAUCUCCAUCGAGGAGCUGGAUUGGCUGAGCUCCCCGGUCUGCGAUGACGUGACAGAAGGGGCAGCCACUGGCACCAGGAAGGAUGUGUAUCAGCUGGGAGGAGAUUUGGACAUCGAUCAGAUCGAGAGGAACUGAACCUGGGUCGUUUUCAUUAGGCACAAAACGGAACAAAACAGACUGAAACGAGGAGCAGGAACCUGGAUAUGUCCAAUGAGAAGUGCUGCAAGAUGUUAAUGCAUUUUUUUCUCAUGUUCCCGAAUGAACAUGACCCUGAACUAUUCUUACCACCCUCAGGGGAAUGGGACUGCAUGACCCUGAACUAUUCUUACCACCCUCAGGGUAAUGGGACUGCAUGACCCUGAACUAUUCUUACCACCCUCAGGGUAAUGGGACUAAAUGACCCUGAACUAUUCUUACCACCCUCAGGGUAAUGGGACUGAAUGAACAUGACCCUGAACUAUUCUUACCACCCUCAGGAGAAUGGGACUGAAUGAACAUGACCCUGAAUUAUGCUUACCACCCUCAGGGGAAUGGGACUGAAUGACCCUGAACUAUUCUUACCACCCUCAGGAGAAUGACCCUGAACUAUUCUUACCACCCUCAGGAGAAUGACCCUGAACUAUUCUUACCACCCUCAGGGGAAUGGGACUGAAUGACCCUGAACUAUUCUUACCACCCUCAGGGGAAUGGGACUGAAUGAACAUGACCCUGAACUAUUCUUACCACCCUCAGGAGGAUGGGACUGAAUGACCCUGAAUUAUGCUUACCACCCUCAAGAGGAUGGGACUGAAUGAACAUGACCCUGAAUUAUGCUUACCACCCUCAGGGGAAUGGGACUGAAUGACCCUGAACUAUUCUUACCACCCUCAGGAGAAUGGGACUGAACUAUGCUUACCACCCUCAGGAGAAUGACCCUGAACUAUUCUUACCACCCUCAGG